CUCCCUUCCUCCUCCUCUCUCCACAAUCUUCUUCUACCUCUGUAAUUAUUCAGUGUUGGUAGUAUAUACAGAUUCACAGUUAAGCUAAAGCCUACCAUUACUCUUCUCUCCGCUACUCUUACUACAUGUGGGUAGUUCACACUUUUGCUACCGGGUCCUCUCACCAUUAUUGAACAUUAGAGGAGGUGUUUGUUGUUUUCUCUUUUAACCUUUUCUCCCCUUUCCCCUCCUUUCCCUUUCCUUCUGGUUGCUUGUCACCUCACUACUUCGCUCUUCCCCUUCCCUACUGCUAGCUCUUUUCUCAGAUGUGGGAUCUGGUUUCUGCUUAGAAUUUCUGGUGUUGCUCUGCUUAUUCUUUUCUCCUUAUCCUUCCUAGCUCAUUCCCUCAUUUUAACCAGGAUUUCCCCUUUUUCUGUUGCAGCUUUAAAUUCCGUAUAGAGAGUGAAAGAGACUAAGCUAUGGCUGGAGGUGGCGGUGGAGGGAAGGCAGAUGAGCCACAGCCACACCCACCUAAAGAGCAGCUACCCAACAUUUCCUACUGCAUUACCAGCCCACCUCCAUGGCCCGAGGCUAUCCUACUUGGUUUCCAGCACUAUCUUGUGAUGCUUGGGACUACUGUUCUCAUCCCAACUGCCCUUGUCCCGCAAAUGGGAGGUGGAAAUAAGGAGAAGGCGCAAGUGAUUCAGACCCUGCUCUUUGUUUCUGGUUUGAACACAUUGCUUCAGAGUAUGUUUGGUUCUAGAUUGCCUGCUGUCAUUGGGGGCUCUUACACCUUUGUCCCAACUACAAUCUCAAUCAUCCUUGCGGGUCGAUUCAGUGACAAUCUAGACCCUGUUGAGAAAUUCAAGCGGAUAAUGCGGGCAAUCCAAGGUGCACUAAUUGUUGCUUCAACUCUUCAGAUUGUUCUGGGAUUCAGUGGCCUCUGGCGCAAUGUGACCAGGUUCCUGAGUCCACUUUCUGCUGUUCCAUUGGUCAGCCUCGUCGGCUUUGGCUUGUAUGAGCUUGGCUUUCCUGGGGUUGCGAAAUGUGUUGAGAUUGGCCUACCAGAGCUUGUCAUAUUGCUGUUUGUUUCACAGUAUAUGCCUCACGUGAUAAAGAAAGGGAAACAUAUCUUUGAUCGGUUUGCUGUCAUAUUUGCAAUUGUAAUUGUCUGGAUAUAUGCACACCUACUCACAGUUGGUGGAGCUUAUAAUGGUGCAGCACCAAAGACACAAGUAACUUGCCGCACGGAUCGUGCUGGAUUGAUUGAUGCUGCUCCAUGGAUAAGGGUUCCUUAUCCGUUCCAAUGGGGAGCACCCUCCUUUGAUGCUGGUGAAGCCUUUGCUAUGAUGAUGGCUUCUUUCGUUGCUCUUGUUGAGUCUACUGGUGCCUUCAUAGCUGUAUCGAGGUAUGCUAGUGCAACUCCCAUGCCACCUUCGGUUCUCAGUCGGGGUGUUGGUUGGCAGGGAGUAGCCAUUUUGCUCUCUGGCUUGUUUGGAACUGUGAAUGGUUCAUCUGUGUCAGUAGAGAAUGCUGGUCUUUUGGCGUUAACAAGAGUUGGCAGCCGAAGGGUAGUCCAGAUAUCUGCUGGAUUCAUGAUUUUCUUCUCCAUCCUUGGAAAAUUUGGGGCAGUCUUUGCUUCAAUCCCAGCUCCUAUAAUAGCCGCUCUAUACUGCCUUUUCUUUGCUUAUGUCGGUGCUGGAGGUCUUAGCUUCCUUCAAUUUUGCAAUCUCAACAGCUUCAGAACAAAGUUCAUACUAGGCUUCUCCAUCUUCAUAGGCUUGUCCGUGCCACAAUACUUCAAUGAGUACACUGCAAUCAACGGCUAUGGCCCAGUUCACACUGGAGCUAGAUGGUUCAACGACAUUGUGAAUGUUCCAUUCUCAUCAGAAGCCUUUGUUGCGGGCAUUGUGGCGUACUUCCUGGACACCACACUGCACAAGAAAGACAGUUCUAUAAGGAAAGACAGGGGGAAGCACUGGUGGGACAAAUUUAAGUCGUUCAAGAGUGACACCAGGAGUGAAGAGUUCUACUCUUUGCCCUUCAACCUCAACAAAUACUUCCCAUCCGUCUGAUAGAAAAGCUCUGAUGGGUUUUGACUUGGAAAAUAUCACCCUGGUUCUCAUACCUCUGAUCCUUGGAUGAAAUCGCCUCCUAUCAUCUGUCAAUGUUAAUCGAUCGGAUGCGCUGUCCAUAUAGCAUGAUUAUUAUUAAUUACAUAAGAUAGUUUGUAAUUCCUUUUAUUUACAAGGUUGCCUCGGUGAGGGAAACAUUGUUUUUUGGUUGCAACUUGCAAGUAAAUGUGACCAAGGAAAUUACACCUGGGAAGUAGCAAUGAAGAAGGUUCUGAGUCUCCUCUCCA